AUGUCUCAAUGCGAAGUAAAUGAAUAUGCUCGUCGAAUAAUAAGAUCCGCCCAUGUCCAAAUUCAACUCCAAAAGAAGGGUACACAACAUCUAUUCAUGGUCAUUGCGAAAUUAAAUGAAGAUUACUUUUUACUUCAUAAGAAAUGGGAAAAUGAUAGAAAUGACAUCUUCUUCCGUCGAUGUACAUUAGAGCCCGAGAAGUCAUGUAAGGAACAAGAAACUAUACCUAGUGAAAUUGGGCUGAAAGCGAUUAACCUUACCCCAGGUAGUUGCUUGAACGAGGAAGCUGCAGAUGUUUUUUUGACCCUUUGUAUCUAUCUGACUUGGCUUUAA